GUUCAAACUGUGGAAUACUGCCUGGAAGUAUUGUGGAUCGGCAAGUAUUUCUUCAAGAUCUUCUCUCCUACUCGCAUGAGGUGGUUACAACCAACCAUUCAACCCUAAGGAUCUGAGCAGAAUAUCUUACGAAAGGUGUGAAAGUUCGGGAAAAUCAGCCAGCAGUUGGGUAGUCAUAGUGGAAGUUCCGGGAAAAGUGGGUAUAUGAAAUCCGAGAACAUGGGCGUCGUCGAUCAAGUUGUCUUUCGUUCUUACACGCGAUGUCCGAGCUGGUCCUUCCUGGUGAACAAAUUCAUGCACAACAUGUGAACCUCAAACUAGGUCCUGGAUUGCUACAAUUAUCGAAUGUCGGACAAGACGGGUUCAUCAUUUCGACUCGGGCUGGAGAGCUGAAGCAUUCGGCGAAUAAUAGCAAAUGGUGGAUUGAGAGUAAUUCACGGCGGUAUAUUCCUGCAUCUCAGGAGUCUGUUGUGGGCGUUGUCAUUGCACGUAGCGGUGAAAACUGGCGUGUAGACAUAGGGUCUGCUCACGCUGCGAACUUGGAUGGUCUGGCAUUCGAAGGUGCUACCAAACGAAAUAGACCCAAUCUGAAGGUUGGGUCUGUUCUAUAUGCACGGGUCUCCUUGGCUCAUAAAGACAUGGAGCCUGAGCUAGAAUGUUUCGAUGCUCAGACCCGCAAAGCGGAGGGGUUUGGGGAACUCAAAGGGGGAUUUCUCGUCCGCUGCAGUUUGAAGAUGUCUCGACUUCUACUAGACCCGACGCACUUCUUACUGCCGCUAUUGGGCUCGCGUUUUCCUCUGGAAGCUGCAACAGGUCUGAACGGGAGGGUGUGGGUAAAUGCCAAAGAUACUCGACAUAUCAUUGCCAUCUCAAGAUGUAUCGAGGCUGUCGAUCCGGAUGGUGGUGGACUAGACGAGUCUGGUGUAAAGAAACUACUUGGUACAAUGGAUAUCUAAAAUCUCGACGACUGAUUACACUAUGAGUGCAAGGAAAGGCGUGCAGAGUCCGAGAAAUGCGGGACUAGUCUCAAACGUGACGGAAGGAUAUUGCAUGGGUGGGGUAUGUGAUGGAUCUGCACGUUCACGUUAAUCAUCAUCCAUUCUCGACCUCUUGGUGGGUCUCCGACUGGAUGCAGAUGUGACACUUUCAUCGUCACUGAGUGCAACGCUACUCCGCCGGGCGUUGGCACGCUUCUUCCGCUG